GGUUUAUGCUGACUUCAUCAUUUUUAUACGAAAACCAAAAAUACGCCAUUUUAUUUUCAUUUUUCCCGCGAAGAGCUUUUUCGUUAUUUUCAAUACUUGUGCAAGAACGUAGAAGUUUGAACUUUCUGAAACCAUAGCGAACUUUUCUUCUUUUUAUAUUGCUAACUCGGACGAGCAAUAUGGCGAUGGCAGCAGCUCAAAGUAGUGCCCAAGAGAUACAGGAUGAAUCAAUGGAAGAAACCGGUCAUCAACCCUUAUCAAAGUUGGAGGGCCAGGGAAUUUCCGCGGCCGAUAUUAAGAAGCUGGAGGAAUCCGGUUAUCACACCGUAGAAUCGGUUGCUUUUGCUCCUAAAAAAGCUCUGAUUACUAUCAAAGGAAUAAGCGAAGCAAAAGCUGAUAAAAUUUUGGCUGAAGCUUCAAAAUUGGUACCAUUGGGUUUCACUACAGCUACAGAAUUUCAUCAGAAACGCUCGGAAAUCAUUUUACUGACCACAGGUUCCAAAGAACUUGAUCGUUUAUUAGGCGGUGGUAUUGAAACUGGUUCAAUUACUGAAAUUUUUGGCGAAUUCCGAACUGGUAAAACUCAGCUUUGUCAUACUCUGGCGGUGACUUGUCAAUUACCUAUUGAUAUGAACGGAGGUGAAGGAAAGUGUUUAUAUAUCGAUACAGAAGGUACCUUUCGUCCAGAGCGUUUAUUAGCAGUCGCAGAACGAUACAAACUCACGCCUAAUGAUGUCUUGGAUAACGUUGCUUACGCCAGAGCGUAUAACACGGAUCAUCAAACUCAGUUAUUGAUCCAAGCUGCUGCCAUGAUGGCAGAAUCAAGAUACGCUCUUUUGAUUGUUGACAGCGCUAUGGCUUUGUACAGAACUGACUAUUCCGGCAGAGGAGAAUUAUCCGCUCGACAAAUGCAUUUAGCAAGAUUUCUUCGUAUGUUACUUAGAUUAGCUGACGAAUUCGGAGUUGCAGUUGUGAUUUCAAAUCAAGUCGUAGCUCAAGUAGACGGAGCAGCUUUAUUUGCGGCUGAUCCUAAAAAACCUGUAGGUGGUAAUAUAAUGGCCCAUGCGUCUACAACUAGAUUAUAUCUCCGUAAAGGUCGAGGUGAAACUAGAAUUUGUAAAAUUUACGACUCUCCUUGUCUACCAGAAGCUGAAGCUAUGUUUGCCAUAAAUGCGGAUGGAAUUGGAGACGCUAAAGAUUAAUUUUUACACACGUCUUUUAAGGAACUUGUUUAUUUACUGUCUUUCCUAUUUUUUUUACCGCCAGAAUUGAAUUUGAGCUUACUAUUAUUUAAUGUAAAUAAAGUCAUAUAUUUUAGUGUUUAUAGAAAUACCUUCUUAGUUAUUGUAAUAAGAUGCAAAUAAAUUUGUUUAAAAAUU